UUGUACAGAUAUUUAUUAACGGAUUAUGAAAAAGAUGUACGGCCAUCAAUUCGUCAUGAUCUCCCUAUAAAUGUUUCUUUUAUUUUCUCAUUAACGCAAAUCAUUGAUGUCUGCAUUGUAAUGUUUUUUAGUGCUGAUUCUCAUUAUAAAGACUCUAUAAUAAGUACGGACGUAUUGGUAACAUUUCGUGGAGAUAUUUCAUGGGCAGUUGCGGGAAUUUUCAAAAGUAGUUGUCCUCUGGAUGUCCGAUAUUAUCCAUUUGAUUAUCAGAAUUGUGUACUCAAGUUUGCUUCAUGGGCUUAUGAUGGAACGAAAAUUGAUAUUUUGCUUACUUCUGAAAAAGGCGACGCGACAAAUUUUAUUUCAAGUACUGAAUGGCAUCUUAGCUUGAUACGCGCGGAGAAAAAUUCGGUAGUGUAUAGUUGUUGUCCGGAACCAUAUCCAUUUAUCGAUGUUUUUAUAACUUUAGAGAGGAGACCAAUGUUUUAUGUAUUUAAUUUGAUAUUGCCAUGUGUAUUAAUAAAUGCGAUUGCAUUACUUGGUUUUUAUAUGCCUUCAGAUUCAGGAGAAAAAGUUACGCUUGGAAUAACAUCAUUGUUAUCUUCAACAGUAUUCUUAAUGCUUGUCGCUGAAGGAAUGCCACCAACAUCAGAAGCCUUACCUCUUAUUGGUAUAUAUUAUGGUGUAACAAUCGUAAUCGUAUCGUUGGCUACCGCCAUGACUGUUUUCACCCUGAAUAUUCAUCAUCAUGGUGUUCAUGGAAAUCGAGUUCCUCCAGUAAUCCAAGCGAUCGCAUUUCAGUUCUUGGCAAAGAUAUUAUUUGUUCCUAUAGAAAGUUAUCGCUCAUUAAUGCAUCGCACUUAUUCUACUCAGAAAGGAAGCAGGCGAAAAUGUGAUGGUGGUGGUUCGUAUAUAUCGAAAACUGUGCUAAACAAUUUUGACGACAAUUUACGUGAUCGGCUAAACAGUGAAAAACAUGGUGAAGCAGAAGAUGGUAAUGCAUUUGGUACUGAAUUAUUAAAAGUAAUGAACGAAUUGCACACAACAGUUGUUCGUAAUGAAUUGCGAUUGACAGAGAAAGAUCGUCGAGAUGCUAUCAAUUUAGAAUGGCAGCAGGUUCAAUACAUUUUUCAUGUGCUUAUUUUGCCAUUCUAG